GUUUUCUUCAUCCUUCUAGGGUUUUAGAACUUUAAAGUGUAUCUCUUUGUAUCUAACACUUCAGCUAAGAACCCUAUAUAUUCUCUUUGUAUCUAACCCAUACUUGAAAACCAUUAUUUCUUUCAAGAUUGCUGAUUAAGGCACAGAGAAGCACCAAAUACAUUUAAAGGUAUCACAUUUUAUAUAUUUCUUGAAUUCUACUCUGUAAAGCUGUAAACUCACCAAAAAAAAACCAUCUUUUGUUAUACAAUUGUUCAUUAAUGUGACAUUUCCGAUGUAUUUGUGUAGAAAAUGAACCCCCCAUGAAAGUUUCUUGGACAUUUGUUGAUUUGCAUAAGCUUUUUAAGCUAGAAAUCAUAUUUUUUCUUUGGUUUAGAAUCUAUUUUGUUGCUAACUUGAGAUGCUAAUUCAUAAAAUCCGCAAAAGUGUAUCUUGGAAUAUGAUAUCUCAGUUCAAUCACCUAUUUAUAUCUCCUAUUUAUGAAAAGGGUUCUACUUUUCAUAGUCCACAGAAUUUUUCAUCAUUGAAUAUUCGAUGCUUUCGUAGUUCACAUAAUCCGAAUGUAUCGGUCCCUGAAUCGACAACUCAGACACCUAUUUCCCCUGCUGUGAAUAAAAUAUCGCGAGUCGCUAGAACUGAUGCACAAUCAGCUCUUUUUGAUUACUUGCAUUGUACUAGAGGUUUUAAUUAUAUGGAUGCUGAGCACAUUAGCAAGAACUCACCUCAUUUCCUUCAAAGCUUGCUAUCCAAGGUUGAUAAUGAUCAAGAUGUAGCAAGGGCAUUGACCCGUUUUUUCAGAUACCAUCCGAUUAAUGAGUUCGAACCGUUUUUAGAGAGCUUGGGGUUGAAGCAAUCUGAGCUUACAUCCAUGCUUCCAAGAAAUUUGAUAUUUAUGAGUGAUGACCAUGUCUUGCUUGAUAAUUAUCAUGCUCUUUGUGAUUACGGCAUCCCUCGCACUAAAAUUGGGAAGAUUUAUAGGGAAGCGACUGAGGUAUUUGGAUAUGAGUAUGGAAUAUUGGGUAUGAAAUUGAGGGCUUAUGAGAAAUUGGGUUUGAGCAGGUCAACAGUUAUAAAGUUGGUGACGUGUUCCCCUACUCUUUUGCUUGGUGAGAUGAACAGUGAACUUUUUCAGGUUCUUGAAAAAUUGAAGAUUUUGGGGUUUGAAAAUGAUUGGAUUGGAGGAUAUUUAUCCAACAGGCACUCCUACGAUUGGGGUAGAAUGCUUAACACGUUGCGUUUUCUCAAUGACGUAGGAUAUAGUGAUGAAAAGAUGGCGACUUUGUUUAAAAUGAAUCCUGCAUUCUUAUUUGAAGGCUCUGGGAAACGGAUUUAUGUAUUGGUUGGGCAAUUACUGAAGUUGGGUUUUAAAAUGAAUGACGUAUACUCACUAUUCUGUCAAAAUCCUAAUAUUCUAUCCCUGAAGUGUGCUAAAAAUCUCUGGAAGGCAUUGUACUUCUUAUUGGAGAUAGGAUUAGAGACUGAAAUAAUUGCCAAUAUUGUUUCUACACAUAUACAACUUCUGGCUUCACAUUCUCUGAAGGGACCAAUGACUGUUUUGAGGGUCUUCAAGGGUGACAAGUGUCGUUUAUGUCAGACUAUAAAGGAUGAUCCUUUGAAUUUGUUCAGAUUAGCUUCAAAAUCAAAAUUUAAUGUGGACCAGAUGACUUCCCAGAGCCCAGGAAAAUUAUUUGAGAAAACUAGUUUCUUAUUGAGAUUAGGUUACUUAGAAAAUUCGGAUGAGAUCGCAAAAGCUUUGAAGCAGUUCCGCGGACGAGGAGACCAGUUACAAGAGAGGUUUGAUUGCCUGGUAAACGCAGGUUUGGACUGCAAUGUUGUAAUUAACAUGAUUAAACAGGCUCCCACGACGCUGAACCAGAGCAAAAGCGUGAUUGAGAAGAAAAUUGAUCUACUGAAAACAUAUUUAGGUUAUCCAGUGGAAUCGAUUGUGUCAUUUCCAUCUUACCUCUGCUAUCAUGUGGACAGAGUCCAUCUUCGUUUUUCAAUGUAUGCAUGGCUGAAGCAAAAGGGUGCUGCAAAACCAACAUUGUCAGUGAGCACUCUUCUUGCUUGUUCUGAUGCUCGCUUUGUAAAAUAUUUUGUUGAUGUACAUCCAGAAGGUCCAGCAAUGUGGGAAAGUUUAAAAAGUUCACUUCAAUCCAGCUGAUCGAUUUUCAAUAUCAGUUUUGAUGAAUAGAGUUACCAUUUUUUCCUCAGGUUGUUAUAAGUUUCUAGUUCUAAUUGAUUUAAUUAGUUUUUUCA